GCAAGCGAGGAUGGGGAGAGCGUGGGCCACUGCCCCUUCUGCCAGCGGCUCUUCAUGGUGCUGCUGCUCAAAGGGGUGCCCUUCACCCUCACCACCGUGGAUGUGAAGAGGGCGCUGGACGUGCUGAAGGACUUUGCACCAGGCGCCCAGCUGCCCGUUUUGCUCUACAAUGGCGAGCCCAAGACUGACACCGUCACCAUCGAGGACUUCCUGGAGGACAAGCUGGGCCCCCCCACCUCUCUGCACCCGUGUCCUUGCAGGUUCCCCAGCCUGGUUCCACAGUACAGGGAAUCGAGCCUAGCUGGCAACGACAUCUUCCACAAGUUCUCCACCUUCAUCAAGAACCCAGUGCCUGCCCAGGACGAGGCACUGCAGCGGAGCCUGCUGCGGGCCCUGCUGAAGCUGGAUGAGUACCUGAGUGCCCCCCUGGAGUAUGAGCUGGCUCACGACCCCCACCUCCGGGCCUCCCGGCGCCGCUUCCUUGAUGGGGACCAGCUCACGUUAGCUGACUGCAACCUGCUGCCCAAGCUCAACAUUGUUCAG